AUGGCCUCUUCUCCAACUGGUCAGUCCACUUAUGCUCCCAUGGACAUUGCUUCAGCAAUGCACACCAUGACCCUUAAUCCGCCUGAUCCGUCUUGGUAUAUGGACACUGGUGCAACGUCUCAUAUGACAUCCUCGAACAGUAAUUUUUCGUCUUAUUUUAAUUUGAGCAAUAAUUCUAGUGGUACUAUUGUCGGAAAUGGUCAUUCAAUUCCAGUUCAUGGUUAUGGUCAUACUUGUUUACCCUCUUCUAAUCUUCCAUUAUCGUUAAAUAAUGUCCUUCAUGCUCCCAAAAUCAUCAAAAAUGUAAUUUCUGUUCGAAAAUUUACAACUGAAAACUCUGUUUCGGUUGAAUUUGAUCCUUUUGGGUUUUUUGAGAAGGAUUUUCAGAUGGGGAUGCCUAUCAUGAGAUGUAAUAGUCGGGGUGAUCUUUAUCCACUCACUUCUUCCAUCAACACUCAAGCUUGUUCUUCUGCUUUAGCCGCCAUCUAUCCCUCUCUAUGGCAUGAUCUAGUGUGUAGAUUCUUUGCUAGGGAUUAG